UUCAAAAAUUUCUGUAGGAUAAUAGGAUUAAUUUUGGUGUUUCUCCAUCCAUUGUUAGAUUGUUAGUCUAGUCAUUUGUUUCUAUAUAAAACUGUAAAAUGGCUAUACUGACUAUUCGUCUGAUACGUUCAUUCGAAUACAAUAAUGUAAAGCCUGUUGUCUUUCAAAAUGUGGAUUUAUCACUCAAUACUGGUGAUUUCAUGAAGCUAGUGAAGCAAGAAAUUCCUUCAAGAUCUGGACUUCCACCGCCAUUCAAAAAAUUUGAUUAUGAUACUAUGAAGAUAUCUCAUAAAGCACAUGGCACAAAAUCCGGUAAUCUUGCAAUAAAUGUAGAAGACGAUGACACUCUUAUAUUGGAAAAGGGUAUUUCCCUUUCAGAAGGAGGAGUGGAAAAUGAGACAGAAAUAUCAUUUUUCAAAAUGGAAGAUUAUACUAAAUUCAAAACAUCCGCUAAAACGACAGUAAAUUGGAUGCAGUGAAUCUUAUGUAGUAGCCUAUGUUGCAGAAAAUCUGCAAAUUCAUCGCAAUGUGACACACCCCCAGUACGGCACACAAAGGUUACAGUGGCAUUUGAGAGUAUUAAGCAAAAAAACAGCAAUUUUGAUCAUAUGACGGCUGGGAUUAAUUUAGAUUAUCAUUGAGACAAGCAUGGCGCAUCUGCCGCUGUGGCAGACACCCCUUGUUUGUGAGAGACAUGAAGCGUUUAUUUUAUUGAGCCAGAUGACUGGACAGUCUUUGAAUUUGGGUAGUGUGCCCUACUGCACACGGUAGUGUGCCCUACUGCACACUGUCUAUGCUGGGAGCUUGUGAAGAAAUCGUUCUAUGAAAUUUUCAGUCAAAUGCUCUCCAAAAUUCACCCAAAUACUGAAAUAGAAAAAAAAGAGGCGCAUGAAUGGCAACAAAACACAGAAACACCAAAUAAAUUUGAACAAACAUUGCUGAUGUAUCAGUGCACAGGAAAGAAACAAAAAUUAUUGUGAUAUGCACAUCAUGGCAUCCAGUAGAUACGGCCACAGAUGAUACAAUACUGAUAUUUUAAAAGCUAUUACUGUAUUAA